UGUCAUGCAAAACGGCUGUUAAAAACUCUAUCUCCUCACACCAUAAGUUUUCACAACUGAGUUUCAACAUGGCGAUGAAUGUACCUCGUGCACCGGGCUUUGCCCAAAUGAUGAAAGAUGGAGCAAAAAAUUUCCAAGGUUUGGAAGAAGCCAUCUACCGUAACAUUGGAGCCUGCAAGGAGCUUGCACAGACGACAAGGUCAGCCUAUGGGCCGAGCGGCAUGAAUAAGAUGGUCAUCAACCACAUAGAGAAGCUCUUUGUCACAAAUGACGCUGCAACCAUUCUCAAAGAGUUGGAGGUUCAGCACCCUGCUGCUAAGAUGUUGGUUCUAGCAUCACAACAGAUGGAACAAGAAGUAGGAGAUGGGACAAACUUUGUCAUGGUGUUUGCAGGAGCUCUCCUACAGUAUGCUGAAGAUAUCUUGAGGAUGGGACUUUCACCAACAGAAGUAAUUGAGGGUUACGAGGUUGCGCUGAAGAAAACCCUAGAAAUCUUACCAGAACUUGUCUGUGGAACCAUCAAAGAUUUGAGGAAUUCUCAAGAGGUCACACAAGCCAUCAGGACGUCAGUCAUGAGCAAACAGUACGGCAACGAGGAUUUCCUAGCGAAGAUGAUCGCACAGGCCUGCAUUUCAGUCAUGUCCAAGACUUCAACUUUCAAUGUGGAUAACGUCAGGGUAGCAAAAAUCUUGGGUUCCGGUCUUCUUGGAUCGUCUGUCUUACAAGGUAUGGUCUUCAAGAAGUAUGUAGAGGGUACCCUCAAUCAUACAGCCAAAGCCAAGAUUGCCGUCUACUCCUGCCCUGUCGAAUCAGCGCACACAGAGACCAAGGGGACUGUAUUAAUCAAAUCAGCUGCUGAACUUAUGAACUACAGUAAAGGAGAGGAGGAUGCAUUAGAAACACAAAUCAAAGGCAUUGCUGAUACGGGUGUGACCGUGGUGGUCUCCGGUGGCAAGGUUGGCGACAUGGCCCUUCACUUCCUCAACAAGUACAACCUCAUGGCAGUCAGGUUGAACUCCAAGUUUGACCUCCGACGUCUGGCUCGUACAGUCCGUGCUACAGUACUCCCUCGCAUGACCCCGCCCACGUCCCAGGAGAUGGGUUACUGUGACAACGUCUUCUCGGAUGAGGUCGGAGAUACACCCGUCAUCAUCUUCAAACAAGAGUCUGCAGAGAAUUCCAUCUCCACACUGGUGGUCCGAGGUUCUACUGACAACAUCAUGGAUGACAUUGAGCGUGCCAUUGAUGACGGUGUCAAUACCUACAAGGCCCUUACAAAGGACAACAAGUUUGUUCCUGGUGCAGGUGCGACUGAGGUGGAGCUAGCUCACCAGCUGGCUUCGUACAGUGAGACCAUCCCAGGGCUGGCCCAGUACGCUGUCAAGCAGUACGCCCAGGCCUUUGAGACCAUGCCCAAAGCUCUGGCAGAGAAUGCGGGUGUGAAGGCCACCGAGCUUCUCUCUAAGCUGUAUGCGGCUCACCAGGACGGGCAGAAGAAUGCAGGAUUCGAUAUUGAGGCUGAGGGUGCAGAAGUAAUGGAUGUGGUAGAAGCUGGUAUCAUGGAUGCCUACCUUACCAAGAGCACAGCUAUCAAGCUGGCUACCAAUGCAGCCAUCACUGUUUUAAGAGUUGAUCAGAUCAUCAUGGCCAAACAAGCAGGAGGGCCUAAGCCCAGGCAACCAGGCGGAGCAGAUAACGAUGACGAUUAGCAUCACCGCUUGUAAAACCCAACGUCGAGAUGUAGUCUUAAAUUAUCAUUUAAAAAGUCCUGGACAUUUCUCAGUGAAGAAGCAGUACAGCAGUCAGGAUUCUGUCCUGCACAAUUCUAUUUUAAGCUUGGCAAGACAAGGGGUUUUUAGCUCUGAAAUGUAUUUGUCUGCCUCUGCCCCCCCCCCCCUUCCCCUAUGAUACUCCGCCACCCCCUCUGUUUUCUCUGCACAUUUGAAGGUCAGGGCUCAUAUUCAUAAUUUCUUUACUAAGCUUAGUUGUCGACUUGUUACGUAAUAUAGCCGAUAUAUCUAGUUGACAACUACCUUAGUGAGGUUUUGUGAAUGUGGGCCAAGGCCUGUAUCUGAUAAUGUUUGCCUUGGAAGGAAAGAUGAGUUUUGUAGGUCUUUGUGGAGGGUCUCCUUGCUCAGUCGAGUUUGUUUAGAAGAAAAGUAUGAGCAAGUACACAGUGCACUGUAAUACUAAUUGCUCGAAGUUUGUGCUUGUUACAACACCCUGUAUUCAAGAUAUUUCAGGGAUCUUUCUCAUCCACAAAUAAUAUCAUUACAACGAAUGGUUGUUUUCCUAGUGUGCAAAUAUUUUCCUUUGUUAUUCAUGUAUUUAUAAUAACUUACAUGCCUUCAAAAGUUUUUGUUGUAAAUAAUCAAUUGCAUGAGAGUUUUUUUUUAUACUGAGCUUCCUAGAUGAAAAUACUGUUGAUAGUUUCACAUUUUACAAGGAUGUUUCAUGUAAAGGAAAGUACUAAGGGGCUUAGAUCGGAAUGUCACAGUCUAUUUCAUUUGGGGAUAUAUGUUCCGCUGGGACGACGUCUAGUUCCACCGACCCCCUCACCUGUUGGAUAAGAGCCUCAAACAUCCAAGGAUAUUACAAAACUAUUCCAACCAUAUGAAUUUUUCUGUUCAUACUUGGCUGUGCAUUACACAAUUUACUUUUGGUCUCCACCUCUUUGUGUCCAGGUUAUUUUGCUAGGCAAAGGAUUGGUAUUGGGUAAUAAGUCAUUUAUACAUGUAUGUGUCUCUAAAACAACUAUUGUUUAUGUACAUACCAGAUGCGGCGAUGUAGAUGAGAAUGACAUAAUGUGUAUGUCAUUUGGAUUCAGUAGAUCAGAGGAUUAUACUGUCUUCUUCAUUUCAAAUAAUGUAAUACAUCUACUUUAAACAUCUGGUAGUGGAUCUGUUUAUAAUGUCAAUGCAAUUGUAUAUGUUUCCUUUACACAUUUACAUUGUUUUGUGGUUCAUUUUAAAUGAGCGGUAAAGCUACAUCAUUUGAAAUAAUGGUAGACACAAUUCAACUUUGUAUAUGUUGAGAACAUGUACCUGGUUAAUAAUUCAUCUCAUAGACAUAGCAUACUACUACAUACACCCUGAAACAUUUGAGGUAUACAUGGUUAUGAUACCUUAUUUCUCAAGAACAUUUUAGAUGCAUGUACAUGUAUAUAGAUUUGUCUAUUCUGAUCUGUUGUAUGAGAUGAGUAGAAUGGAAUGGAAUAAUAUUUGUCAACCUAUAUACAUUUUGGACAUUCCCUUGAACGUUAAGCAUUAUCUGGAAAUAAAUCAAUUAACUCUUCUUUUAGAAGGUAAUACAUUACCCAAGACUGCUGUUACUAGACUGCUGAAGAAAAACAGUUUGUUGAUGAUUCAAAGAUACUUGUAAUAAUUAUAAUAUAAUAUGCAUUGGCAGAGGAUUUUUCCCAACUUUGACUAGAUAACUUGCUGAGAUAUUUUCGUUUUGAGUGGUAUUAGUAUAACAAUUUGCAAUGUGAAACCUGUGUAUUAUUUUGAGUGCGUGUGUAAUUAUAAUGUUUUGUAUUUGCUACGUGUUGUACUGAAAAAAAAGUAAUUAAAUGAUCACAUAAAUGUGAUACAUGAGAACAGGAU